AUGUCCAGUGAAGAUACAGACUCUGAAAAUUGGAACAAGUUAGUUGAGGAAGUGGCAGAUCUCGAAGCUGACUAUGAAGAUUUUAGUCCCACUGACUUUAGGAAAAAGUGGACUGACGAAGACAAGAAAAACUGGACUGACGAAAACAUCUUAACAACACUGUACGGAGAGAUUUCUGGUGUUCGGGCUAGGAUCCAAACCUCAUGGACUGACACGAAAUGGGAAAGAAGAAAUAUG